ACACAGAUCAAUAAACUAUCGUUCCCUUUUUCUUUCCGUCCUAUUUUCUCUCUUAUUCCUCCCUCUCUGUACUCGACGCCUUCACACGGUCACACCAUAGGCUUGGCUCAGCCGCAGCCACCGGCCACCCGAAUCCCAUCCUGUGAGGUCACCGGAGGAGCUAGGAGCUUCCCCCUCAAGGCAGGGCACCCUUACAAAAUUAAGAUAUCCGUGGUGUCAUCUGAAUAUGUCAUUUUCAAGGCUUUGUAGAACAACCAACCUCUUCCCUUACUUUAAGAAUUUACAGCGUCCUAGCGCCAGGUGCAUGCCUAAUGUUAUAGGCUGGUCGAGUUAUAACUUCAUCAGAGCUAAUACUGCAUAUCAGAGGGGUUUCAGUUACGAUAUCCAGGGUUUGAGUUUAAGAUGUGAGUUUAGUACAGGGCCAUUAAAUAAGUAUAGCCGGUUUUCACCUUUUGCUUCUGGGUAUAUUGGGAGGUCAUUUUCUUUGACCAAUAUUCAGCGCCACUAUGCCUCUCAAGCUUCCAGAAAACAGAAAUCACAGAAGAUGCUUUUAUACCUUACCGUUUUGGUAUUUGCCAUGGUGGGUAGUAGUUAUGCUGCGGUUCCUCUAUAUAGAAGGUUCUGCCAAGCUACUGGGUAUGGAGGCACUAUCCAGCGGCGUGAGAGUGUUGAAGAGAAGAUAGCUCGGCAUGCUAAAGAUGGAACCGUUACUGCAAGGGAGAUUGUGGUGCAAUUCAAUGCUGAUGUGGCUGAUGGAAUGCCGUGGAAGUUUAUUCCCACACAAAGAGAGGUAAGAGUCAAGCCUGGAGAAAGUGCCCUUGCAUUUUACACUGCUGAAAAUCGAAGUUCAACUCCAAUAACUGGUGUUUCUACUUAUAACGUCACCCCCAUGAAGGCUGCAGUUUACUUCAACAAAAUACAAUGCUUUUGCUUUGAGGAGCAACGCCUUCUUCCGGGGGAGCAGAUUGACAUGCCUGUAUUCUUCUAUAUUGAUCCCGAGUUUGACACAGAUCCUAGAAUGGAUGGUAUCAAUAACAUAAUUUUAUCAUAUACAUUUUUCAAGGUUUCUGAGGAAUGAAAGGGAACCUUCUAUUGCAGCUUUGCUAUUUUCCUAAGAUCACCAAAGGGGGUGGCCAGACUUCUGUAUUAAAGGAAGAUGGCAAACAAAUAUAAUAAAUAUCAAUUUUUGGAUA